AUGGCUAGCUCAAUGGUCGUCAAGGUUGCAUGCUUGGCAGUGAUGUGCAUUGUUUUGUGUCUACCACUAACACAAGCAGCUCUCAGUUGUGGCCAGGUGGUCACCACAGCAGCACCAUGCGUUGCAUACCUAAAGGGAAGUAGUGGUGGUGCAGUCCCUGGACCAUGCUGCAAUGCGAUUAGGACCUUAAACAGCGCUAAGACCACACCUGAUCGUCAAGCUGUUUGUAGGUGCCUCAAACCCACUGUUCUGAACCUUCCUGGCCUCAAUCCUAACAACCUUGCUGGCCUCCCUGGCAAAUGUGGUGUUAACUUGCCCUACAAGGUCACUCCCUCCAUUGAUUGCAACAAGUAUGGUUCAGUGAGCAACUCGCGUGAAAGGUUAUUGUGCUUGUUUACAAUAAGUACUUAUUAA